AUGCCAAAGAAGAGAGCUUCCAACGGUAGAAACAAGAAGGGUAGAGGCCACGUCAAGCCAGUCAGAUGUUUGAACUGUGCUAGAUGUGUGCCAAAGGACAAGGCCAUCAAGAGAGUCACCAUCAGAAACAUGGUCGAGGCUGCUGCUGUGAGAGACUUGUCUGAGGCCUCUGUGUACCCUGAGUAUGCUUUGCCAAAGUUGUACAACAAGUUGCACUACUGUGUUUCUUGUGCCAUCCACGCCAGAAUUGUCAGAGUCAGAUCCAGAGAGGACAGAAGAAUCAGAACUCCUCCACAGAGAAAGAGAUUCUCUCAGGACAGAAAGGUUUCUCCUCAGGACGCUGCCAAGAAGGCUGCUUAA